AUGAAGCGUAAGCAACCAUCGAAACUUCCGGGCAAAACUGGCUCCGCUGCACCGCUUGCUGUGGACACGCAGCCACUAAAACAAGUGGCCGGUAGAGGUCCUCUUAGGCGAAUCACGGACCUCGACGAGCUGGGCCCUGGUGCGACGCGACUCACGGCCGAAGUACUCUACGGCGACGCGUUGCAGACGUUCGUGAGCGAUGUGGAGCGGCUGGUGGGCACGACCGGCGAGGGAGUAGCGGUGGCGCCACCGGCGGCGACGGCAGCGGCUGCGGCGGCGGGAGGAGGAGGAAGCGCAGCACGGGAGGCGUUCGCGCCGCUGUCCGGCGGGAAUCUAUCUUCCGGCGUCACUCUGACGGACGCGCUCGCUCUAGUGGCCGUGGAGCUCGAUGCGUGGCAGUCGCCCUUGUUCAUGGAGCUUCACAAUAAGCUGCGCCUCGCGCCUCGUCCCCUAGUCAGGCAGCUGCGCCGACUCUCCCCGAGCGCCGUGCGCCUUCUCGCCGCUCUCCUCCGCGUCCCCGCGCCCCUCCCCGCGCACCUUGCGACUCUCCUCCACAACUCCCCCAGCCCCGUGGAAGCCGCCGCCGCCGCAUCAUCUCCCACCCAGAUUCUCACACGCGCUUCCGCCGCCUUGGACCAUCCAGUAACCGCACGACCCACCGCGGGGAGCAGCAGCAGCAGCAGCGGGUCGAGUGGCUGCGGCGCCGCGGCCUUAGUGGCUUCUGACAAGGAACGGGACAAGGCGGAGAAGUUCUCGCUGAUAUCGCGUAUCGUAGCGUCACCCGUAUGGAUCAACGCAGCGAGCAGCCGCCGCAACCGCCGCAACCAGGGCAGCAGCGGGAAGAGUCCCGCUUGCGGCACCAUUCCCCCCGUCGCGCAUGGUAGCACCUCCAGCAACCCCAUGACUCCCAGUCCCCGCAGUGUUACCAACGGCCCCGGAACGACGAGUCACGGGCUGGAGCUUGCGCACGUUGACUGCGUCGCCGUUGCGCAUGCUGGUAACACCUCCAGCAAUCCCAAGACUCCCAGUAACCGCAGCGAUACCAACAGCCCCGUCUCGAAGGGUCAUGGGCUGGAGCUUGCGCAGGUUGACCGCGCCGCGACUGUAGGUGACGGGGUGGAGGGGCAAGAGACUGACGGAACUGCGCGGCGGGAGCAGGACGGGAGGAGCGGGAACGAAGGAAGGACGCGUUCGAAGCGCGCGUGGGGGGAAGGGGAGGGUGCGGGAAUGCAGGUGGCAGUUCCGCCCUGUGGUGGUGCUAUUGGCGGUGCCGGCACGCGAUGCGCGCGCAAGCGGCAGAAGCGUGUGAAGCUCGCGAUCGUGCCGCAGCUCUCGCAAUCGCCGGCGCAAGCGGCGAAGGCGGAGGAAGUUGAGGAAAAUGCCGCAAUCGCGAUGGAAGCGUGUGGUGGUGUGGUUGACGUGGGGUUGAGCGCACCAGGGGUAAUCGAACCACGGGUGAUUAACCUUGAAACAGCAGACGACGCCUCUACUAUCGAACCUGCUAUUCUCGCCGCGGCGGAAGGAAGCGCGGAGGGAAGCGCGGAGGGAAGCGCGGAUGGAAGCGCGGAGGGAAGCGCGGAUGGAAGCGCGGAAGGAAGCGCGGAAGCAGCGUCGACACAGGCGGUGGCGGCAGCAGCGCAUGAAACCGAGGGCCGCGCGAGUACCGGGGAAGCAGAGGCGCGCGGGAAAGCGCGGGAAGGCGCCCGGGAAGAGUCGCUCAGUGCCCCUGCGGAAGAUGCGCGGAACGACGGAGAUGAAUCCGCGGCUGGGGGGACUUGCGCGGGGAGUGUGCUCGCAGAGGAGGCGGGGAAGGAGCGGGGGCAGGCGGAAGAUGCAACAGAAGGCGGUGCGGAGGCAGAGGGUAACGGGGAGUCUCCGCAGGCGUGCGCGGAAGGGAUGGCGGGAGAUGAGGGGGCGAUUGGCGCGCACGCGCACGAAAGUGACAGGCGCGAUGUCGGAGGCGUGGCGGAAGGGGAAGUAAUGGAGGAGGGGGGAGUGGUGACGGGGGGGGUAUUGGCGGCGGAAGGGGAAGUGGUGGCGGAAGGAGUAUUGGCGGCGGAAGGGGAAGUGGUGGCGGAAGGAGUAUUGGCGGUGGAGGGGGAAGUGGUGGCGGAAGGGGUUGGGAACGGUAAGGAGGAACCCGUGCAAGGGAUGGCAGUGAAAGAGAUGGCGGUGGAGGGGGAAGUGGUGGCGGAAGGGGUUGGGAACGGUAAGGAGGAACCCGUGCAAGGGAUGGCAGUGAAAGAGAUGGCGGGUGAGGGGGAGGGGGACGCGGAGAUAGGAGAGCGGAAACGGGGAAUGGCGGACGGAGAUUGCGCCCAUGCAGGCGUUGGCGAAAGCACUGGCGGGGAAGGCGGAGGUUUUGCGGGAAACUGCAAGGGCAGUGGGGGAGCGCAUGGGGCCAUUGCCGCGGAUGUGGAAAAUGGAGAGGGCGCAGCGCAAGAGCAGGGGAGUGAAGAUGGGGUUUGCGAGAAUGAGGAGGAAGGGAGGAGAGGGGAAAAAGCAGAGGCCAUGGACGGUAAGGGGCGGAGUGAAGGCGGAGACGUGGUAAUGGGGAAGGACCGAGCUGAAGUGGAAAGAGUGGGGGUGAUGGGGGGAAGGGGAGGUGUGGGGGAGAGUGGUAGCGGAUGUGAGCAUGCGAGAAAGGCAGAGGAGGAUGAGUCAAGUGGGUGUGAGUCCAGCGGCGUCGGAAGCGAAACCAAGGGUGAAGGAGUGAAUGGUAAGAGGAGGGACGGUGGUUGUGAAGGGGUGGGUGGUGAGAGGAGGGACAGUGGCUGUGAGGGAGUGAGUGAGAGUAGGAGCGAGGGUGAGACAGCUUGUUCGGGGCUUGGUGGCGACAAGGGGAGUGAGGGAAAGGUUUUCGCUUCUAAGGGGCCUUUGAGUGCAAGGGCUUGUGAGGAAGGGGCUUCUGAGGAAGGGCUAUUUGGGGUAGGUGCAUCUGUCACUGCUGGUACUGAUGAAGGCAUUCCAGGUUCAGCCACGUUUGGAGAUUCUGAUUCGGAUGAAUCUUUCUUCAGUGCUCCUGAAACACCUGAAGUACUGGAGGCACCUGAAGUGCUGAAAGCACCUGACGUACUGCCUGAAGUGCCGAAAGCACCUGAAUUGCUGAAAGCACCUGAAGUGCCGAAAGCACCUGAAGUGCUGGGAGCACCUGAAUUGCCUAAAGCACCAGACGUGCUGAGGGCACCUGAAGUACUGGGAGCACCUGAAUCGCUGAAAGAACCUGACUUGUUGACAGCUACUGAAGUGCUGGGAGCACCUGCAUUGUUGAAAGCACCUGAAGUGCGGGAUGCACAUGAAGUGCAGAAAGCACCACCAACAUCCUGCCUGACCAAAACUCCUGAAGCAGCAGAACCAACUGAAGUGCCUGGUGCACCAGAUAAAGGUAAUGUGGGGGAAGCAAAAAUGAUGGAAGCAGAGGUGGGGGGAGCAAAGGUGGUGGAAGAAAAGACGUGGGAGACGGAAGCGGGGAAAGCCGAAGUGGGGGAAGCCAAAAGGGGGGAAGCCGAGGCGAGGGAAGAUGAGGCGGGGGGAGCAGAAAUGGGGGAAGCCGAGGCGGGGGAAGCAAGGGUAGGGGAAGCAGAGACGGCGGAAGCAAAGGUGGGGGAAGUGGAGAUGGGGGAAGUAGAGAUGGGGGAAGAAGAGGCGGAGGAAACAGAGGUGGGGGGCCUGACAACGGGGAAAGCAGAGGCGGAGGAAGCAGAGGAGGGGGGAACAGAGGCGGGGGGAAUAGAGGAAGGGGAAACAGAGGAGGGGGAAAGAGAGGAAGGGGAAACAGAGGAGGGGGAAACAGAGGAGGGGGAAACAGAGGAAGGGGAAGCAGAGGCUGCGGAGGACGGGGAGCGGGAAGCAGAUGCGGGGGAAGCCGAGGUGGGGAGAACAGAGGCGGGGAAAGCAGAAACGAGGGAAGCAGAGAUAGGGAAAACAGAGGAGGGGGGAGCAAAGGUGGGGGAAGCGAAAACGGGGGAAGAUGAGGCGGAGGAAACAGAGGAAGGGGAAGUAAAGUUGGGGGAAGCAGAGGCGGAGGAAGCAGAAACGAGGGAAGCAGAGGUGGGGGAAACAGUGACGGAAGAAACAGAGGAGGGGGAAGUAGAGGAGGGGGGAGCAGAGGCGGAGGAAGCAGAAACGGGGGAAGCAGAGGUGGGGGAAGCAAAGGUGGGCGAAUCAGAGGAGGAAGCAGAGGAGGGGGAAACAGAAACGGGGGAAGCAGAGGAGGGGGAAGCAGAGGGGGGGGAAGCAGAGGUGGGGGGAGCAGAGGUGGGGGAUGCAGAGGUGGGGGAUGCAGAGGUGGGGGAUGCAGAGGUGGCAGAGGAGGAAGAAGUGGUGGGAGAAUCAGAGGUGAGUGAAGCAGAGGUGGGUGAAGCAGAGGCGGAGUGGGUGGAGGUGGCAGUGCAGCAGAUGGAUGUCACACAUGCAGCAUGGCUCAAGGGCACAUGGCUCAGAAGUAUUCCCUAUGGCUUGAAUGUGCAUGGUAGUGGUGUAUGGCGUGGCGGUAACUGCUGCAUGUUCCACAGUGCUCCCGAACAUGCUGCUGCACCCAAACCUGUUUCCACUCAUGAGCUUACUGCCACUCCUGAACCUGCUGCUGCUCCCGAACCUGUUGCCACUCCCGAGCUUAUUCCCACCCCCGAACCUGCUGCCACACCCAAACCUGUUACCACUCACGAGUUUAUUGCCACUCCUGAACCUGUUGCUGCUCCCGAACCCUAUUUUACAUCUGAAGCUAAUACUCCAGCAGAAGUCAGGCACAUAGAGGGGGGCAGGCGCGUCCAAAUGGACAGCCUUCACACGGAGAUUCUGGACUCAGGGUGUGUUCGCAUGAGGAGCGUGCCGACGUUGAUCGGCAAAGGAAUGUCGGCUCCGAUUCAGCGCGUGCAGCUGUCAGGGGGCUGCUAG